AUGAUCGAGGCAUCUCCUCUCCAGGCACGCGGCGGUAGCAAGCGCGGUCUUGCCUUCCCCAAACAGCACAACGGUGUUGCUGGAUCUCAGUGGACACACAAGUUCUCUGGUUCCAAGGUCUCUUGGAUGUACGACUGGGAGGCAGUCAUCGAUGGAACCCCCCUCGACCUCGAAUACGUUCCUCUUCUUCACUCCAACCAACAGUGGUGCACUGAGGGUUGGGCCAACAACAUUGCCAACGCCAAGAAGAACUACAAGGUUUCGCACGUGCUGAGCUUCAACGAGCCCGACCAAAUUGGUGGUGGAGGCUCCAACAUCGAUGUUGCUACUGCUGUCGCCACCCACAAGAAGUUCGUUCAGCCGCUCGCCGCACAGGGCCUUAGGAUCGGCUCUCCUUCAGUCACCAACGCCGACGAGCCCAACAAGGGCAUCAACUACCUCAAGAACUUCAUGAACCAAUGUACCGGAUGCCAGAUCGAUUUUGUCGUUGCCCACUACUACGCCUGGGACAACGCUCAGGAUUUCAAGAACUACCUCGAAAAGUUUCACAAGACCUUCAACAAGCCCGUCUGGGUCACCGAGUUCGGCGUUACUUCUGGCGACGCGAAUGCGUUCCUUAAGCAGGUUCUUCCCUGGAUGGACGCUCAGCCCUGGAUUGAGCGUUACGCUUACCACAUGGUUGCGCCUUCCAUUGGUACUUCCACUGACAAGAAGUACCUCAUCAGCGCAGAUGGAAACAGCCUGUCGGAUAUUGGCACGACCUUUGCCAAUGCGUAG